AUGGAAGAUUUAAAGGAUGUGUAUUUGAGUCCAUUACCGGAAUCGCCGUACGUGAAGCCGUUCAGGUUCAAUUAUACGCAGAACGGCAAAGAGAAAACUUGGGAUCUUCUAGAAGUUCAUGACUCCGUUGCCAUCAUAGUAUUUAAUGUAACUAGAAGAGUAAUGAUAUUCGUAAAACAAUUUAGACCAGCCAUUUAUUACAAUUCAAUAACACCAGAAGAUAGAAAAGCAUCAAAGAUAGACACAAAUAAGUAUCCUGCAUCUCUUGGUAUCGCUUUGGAAAUAUGUGCUGGAAUCAUUGACAAGAAUUUACCCAUAGAGGAAAUUGCCAAGGAGGAGGUGCUUGAAGAGUGUGGCUACAAUGUUGAGCUUUCAAAUUUGGAAAAAGUUAUAGCAUAUAGGUCAGGUGUCGGGGUUCAGGGUGCCUUACAAACAAUGUUUUAUUGUGAGGUCACAGAUGAUAUGAAAACUGAACAGGGUGGCGGCGUUGACGAUGAAAUUAUAGAAGUUAUAGAGAAGACAAUACCUGAAGUGGAAGAGAUGCUUCGUUCACAAGACAUCCUGUCCAGUCCACCGAGCUGUCUUUUUGCUUUAAUGUGGUUUAUACACAAUAAAGCCGAUAAGUUUAGGAAGUAAGUCUUACUAACCAAUGUUAUGUAUUGGUUUUAUAAGACCUGAUUAGCAAAUUAUAUUACAACUCGCAGCUUUCCGCAUGUCGAACAUACAAGCCCAUAUAUACAAUACAUGGAAAAGAUGACAAAACAUUUAUCACCAUAUUUCAAUUUCUCUAUAAAAUUAUCAUAGCCUAUAAUAAAUAUUGUCACAAUUGUCAAAAUGUCAUAAACAUGUUAGCGACUUAACAGGUUCACUGUCCACAGACCACAUAUGGUCUGUAGAGAGAUUUCCAUAUCAGUCCACAGAUCUUAUGUGGUACGUGCGCGCGUACAAUUUCUAAACCAUCUGAUAUUGUAGACUUACGUCUACAAUAAAGGUAUAAUUAUAUAAGGUAGGGUAUAAUAGGUAUAAGGUAAAAUUAUGGUAAUUUACUUGUUACCAAGAAAGUCUCAUAUUUAAUGCGGAUUCGGUAGGACAAGCAUUACAAAAACUGCUGGGACAUAGGGAAAUACUGGUUUUUUUUUUCGAAAGGGAAUAAAGUAAACUGACAACUAACAUGUGUCCCCGAGUUUUGAUGCGGGGUAGAGCAAAAGGCUUUGUAAAAAGUAACGACAGAGGUACCGUUCAAGGCCGAAGGUGGUGAAAGACUGUUUUAUUCUUCAUUUUUUUCCUACCUAAGCUGAUAGCCUUGAGAAGCUAUUUCAGCGUAACCUUAACUAGUAGGUGAGUUCACGGGGCUCA